AGUUUUUCUUUGGCGUUUGAUAACGGACCUACUUUCCUAUUAGUUUUAGUAUUACGAAUUGUUUAGUUUUGAGAACACUCAGCUCUUCAACGUUCAGAAUAAAAUAUAAUAUCGAAAAUUGUGUUUUCGGAAACGUGUGAGUGGUGUACAUUACUGUUUUUGGAGGGAGGGAAUACUGGUGGAAUCCUGUCCAGCUUCACCAGUACAGAUGGGCGUGCAUGGGCUAAGCCGGGAGCGGAAGGAUCUGCUAACAGCUGCCCGAGUCCACGGAAGGAAACCUAACAGCUCAAGGGCAGCAAUCAGGGUGACUCCCAGAUACUUCACCUUCCGGUCCCAGGGUAUUGAUUGGCCGAAGAGGGUGAUUGGGAGUGUACAUACAUACUUGUAGUGUUUCAAACAUUAAACAUAUUUAUGCAGAGUUCCAUAUUAAUCUCAUUAAAAAAUAAGGUUUCCGCAUGCUAACUUUACCCUAUACCUUGGAUUCUCUGUAAUCGUGUAGUUUUAAAUUAUUAUUUGUAUCAAGAAGUACCUAAUUGUUGUAAAGUUUGAGUUAUUGAGAAUGAGGCCUUACUUUAUUGUGGAAUAUAGAAAACAUUUUUUUUUAACGGGUCAUACAAAUGUCAUAUAAGCUUCAUCAUAUCAUCUCUGAAAUAUAAGCUUCACAGAACCGUAGCUGGGGGCGUGCGUCGAUAAAUCAGUCAUUCAAUUACUACCUGAUUUGAUACAUAAAGUAAAAUUAAAUCGAAUUAAAUUAUUUGAAUCCAUUAAAUUUAUAAACUGAUUUCUCUUCGGAAUCAAGAUUUACAUUUUAGUGAAUAUAUUUGUUAUUUAUCAUCAUAAUUUUUAUUCGACAUUCUCAUUCAUGGUUUCACAUAUAAAUAAAUAUUAAUUCUAAAUAAAUACAAAAAUAAAGGUGUUUAAAAUGUUAAUAGAGUACCUAGUAAGUAUAAUCUCUUGUUAAUUCUUGUUAGACUUCAAGAAAAUCGUAAUAUUAUUGUAGAUUAUUGCUGCCCUGAAUCUAGACGGAAGACUGCGCAGACAUGAAAUCAAUUUUUAUGUAGACUAACGACCUAACGUGUUGACAAUCAUUCAUUUACAAACACACAAAGAAAAACAGUUCUUAAAUCUUAAAGCAGUGGUUUGAAUGCGAACGCAAUAAAUAUGUUUGCAACCUUAUUUCUUAACCAAAUAACGAAGACCUACUUCACCCGUCUCUGUAAUAAUGAAACAUUUCACAAAAGAGGUCGUUGUUCAAGGGCGGAUAGAUCUAACAGACUGGUAGGAAUGAAGCAGGGGUCUUGGAUGCGCGCGCCGCUUUACGUAAUCAUUACGUAAGGGGUAACUAGGGGUUGCGGAGGUAUAUAGGGCGAGCGAGGGGAGCUGGAGGGGCAGGGAGGCGGCACUUCAGGGGUGAAGGCGCUGCCAAUCGAUCUCAGACCGCAGUCCGGCUCAGCGUGUGAACAUGGCGGACAAGAACAAAGUAGCUGAACAGUAUUACGCUCCGCCACCGGACCUAGGGAAAUGGGAGGCGUUCAGGAUCUUCCUGUACAACUCGGAGACGGGCCAGGUCCUCGGGCGCACAGGCUCAAGCUGGGCAAAGAUCCUGCUAUUUUACCUUAUCUUCUACGCGAUUUUGGUGGGCUUCUUCGCUGCUCUGCUAGCGGUAUUCUACCAGACCCUGGACACCAAGGUGCCGAAGUGGCAGCUUGAUAGUUCAAUAAUCGGCAGUAAUCCAGGUCUGGGCUUCAGGCCAAUGCCAGAUACUGCCAACGUGGAAAGUACUCUGAUCUAUUACAAGGUCAACGAUAAGGGAUCUGUGCUCAAAUGGGCCAGGGUUAUUGACGAAUUUUUGAAUCAAUACCGUAAGAAAGGCAGCGGCAGUGGUGAAGCUCAUGGUGCCGAAAACCGCGUACCAUGCUCUCCCAGCAGCGGACCACUCGGCGAGAAGCAAGUCUGUGAUGUACCAGUCGAUGACUUCAAUCCCUGCACUCCAGCCAACCAGUACAAUUACGAACAAGCCGGCCCUUGCGUCUUCCUCAAGCUCAAUAAGAUAUACAACUGGAGGCCGCAGCCGUACAACAACACCGAGGACCUACCCACGAACAUGCCCGAGGAUCUCAAGCAGCACAUCAAGACACUGUCUGGUAAACCCGACGCCAACACUGUGUGGGUAUCCUGUGAAGGCGAGAACCCUGCUGACGUGGAGAACAUCGGCCCAGUCCAGUACAUCCCCCGACGCGGGUUCCCUUCCUACUACUACCCGUUCACCAACAAGGAGGGAUAUCUAAGCCCACUCGUUGCUGUACUCUUUGAGAAACCUAGAACCGGGGUCCUCAUCAACAUCGAGUGCAAAGCCUGGGCGAAGAACAUCUUCUACGACCGCUACGAGAGACGCGGCUCAGUCCACUUCGAGCUGAUGGUGGACCGCGCUUAAGCACACAGCUUGCUGGCCACGUAGCUCAUUAAGUGACCCCGUGGCCAUACCUAGCCGAGUCACUUUACUUAGGUCAUUUAGUGUCAAGGUCAUAAAUUGUAUUAAGUUGGCUCCUGGUGAACUAAAGGUUGUUGUGUGUAGUUCAUAUGUGACGCUCCUGAAGGUUAUUGUCAUGGUCGUUGUAUGUUAUUAUAUUAAACUGGCUAUGUAGUGGUUUUGAAUUACUACAAAUUAAUCCAGUUGUUCUACUGAAAUGAAUGGAUGUGUGUUUCAUUACGUACGUGUGUGUGUGUAUGCCUGAAUUUACUUGUUGUGUCGCUUUAGUUUACCAGAUUGUAUUAUUGUGUGUUGAAGAAGAUGUUAAAGGUCAAACGUUGGUGAAGAGGUCUCGAAAGUCUUUGAUUAUAGUUGCUAUGUGUGAGUGUUCAUGGAGAGGUCAGCUAUAAAUGUCAUGUCGGGAAGGUCAUGAGGUCACCAAGUCACACGCUAGUGUCGGCUGCCACUAGCAAUAGCCAAAGCGGCGUUUCGUUUGUAUUCGUUUUAGAAUAAGCCAUAGGGCACCACCGAUUUCAUUUUCACGCUUAAGAUUAAAUAAAACGUUAGGAAAUUCAAAUAAUUACUUAAUUUAUUAAUAUUUAUUCUAUAUUGUAAUGUUUUUUGGACAAGGAGAGUCAAUAAACACGCAAUAGUUGGUUCGAAUCUU